AUGGCUCUUCCAUUAUUUAAUGUAUUGAGAAGUGUCACUUUAAAUUUUAAUAAGAACUAAAUUAAAGAUUCAGGAAUUAAAACCUUAGGUUUUUAAAUUUCUAAAUGUUAUGAAUUAAAAGAACUUAAGUUAAAGCUUGAGGGAAAUAAAAUUACUGAAUUAGGGUGCUUAAAAUUUGUGGAAAAUAUAUCUAAAUGUACUUAGCUAUAAGAAAUAUUUCUCAGUUUUAGAGAGAUAAACUUAUCUGGUGAAACAUCUGAUUAAAUUUUUAAACAUUUAGAAAAAUUGAUUAAUUUGCAAACUUUAAGUUUAAUAUUAAUAGAGUGUAUCAUAAAAGAUAUUGAUGUUUAAAAACUAGCUAAUUGUCUCAAAUAUUUGACUUUCCUAACAAGCUUAAACUUAAAUCUUAGUUAAAAUCUAAUAACUUCUGAAGGUAUCUUGGCUCUUGGAGAAGUAAUUUCUUAAUAGCAAAUAAUUAAUUAGCUGAAAUUGUACUUAUGUAAUAAUCCAAUCACUGCAGAGUCACUUAAUGAGCUAUAUAAAAAAAUUUGUUCUUUGAAGAAUCUAGAGAAAUUAAUAAUUGAUUAAAGCAAAAUUUAAUUCGCCAGUGAUUAAGAAAUUUAGAUAUUUUAAGAAACUCUUUCAAAUACUAACAAGAUAUAAUAUUUGUAUAUAAAGAUAACUGGUUUAGAAAACAGAUCCACAUUUAUAAAUAUGAUGAAAAGUCUAUAGAAUUGUUAAUGUUUAGAUCAUGCUGAAUUUAUUUUCUCAGAUAAUAAAAUAUAAGAUGAAGAUCUAAUAAUAUUUGGAGAAAGUCUUUCUAAAUUACAAAGUUUGAGUAGUCUUACUUUAAUGAUAGACAAUAACAAAAUUUAAACAGGAAUCUUAGAGUUUUUAACUCUACUUCAUUAUUGUGGAAAACUAAGUGAAAUAACUUUAGAUCUCUCGUAAAAUAUAAAAUUUAUUAGCAAUCAAAAUAUUAAAAAUUAAUUUUAUAGUUUUAAUAGGUUAAGCUAAGAUACUAUUUAUAAAUUAUCUAAAUCUAUUAGAAAAUUUCAAAAGAUACUCUCUGUUUUUAUCUUAAUUCAGUAAAUUUUUAUUUAUCAACAAUGUGAUUUUUAGAAAUGUUUUUAAAAUUAUACUAAAAAGUGA